AUGGAAUUAAGCAGUCCUGAAGGCAAACUGACAUUGAAUUCUAUACAAACUUGGAUCAGUGAGAACUUUCCGUUUUACCGCAAGGAGGAGCAGAGCUGGCAAAACCAAAUUAGGCAGACUCUUAGCACGAACUUGUGUUUCCACAAAAUUCCACGACCUAUAGGCGACACGGGUCGUGGAAACUACUGGGUCAUGAGCCCGGAAGUGGGAGCGCUUCGUACUCAGCAACCAUUUGGUGGUAGAAGUGAGGCAGUACCUAUGGUGAUGGUGAGUGGAGUAGCGCAUCCUCAGGUUCCCAAUGCGGUGUACUUUCCUACGCCCCGCGAAGUACAGGGAGCUCAGCAAACCAUGUGGGCUCAGGCGGUACAGGAGCAGCAUGCUUGGUAUCAAUACCACCUCCAACAGACGCAACUACUACAGCAACAACUUGUAGUUCUGCAACAACAACAGGUGCAGCAGCGGUAUCAGGAAGCAUAUCAAAAGCUUGCUUUCCAUCAACAACAAAUAGCGUUUCUAACGGCCCCGCAAACACCAGUUUAA